GAAAGAAACUGGCCCCAUUGUGGUUCAAACAAGAAGCACAAUUAGCUUAUCAGGAAUGCUUUCAAUGACCCAAAAUGGCGCCCUACCACCAGCGUUUCUAGACGGUUGUUCUCGGAGAGACCAGCUUAAUUAUAGGUUUCCAAACUUGGAGUCGUGAAAAGCUGCAAAGAAUGGCACGGGUGGUGUUUCUCCAUCCUGACCUUGGUAUUGGGGGUGCAGAACGGCUGGUGAUUGAUGCCGCUGUUGCACUGAAGUCUCAGGGGUGUAGCGUUCAGAUCUGGACUGCCCAUUACGACCCGACACAUUGCUUUUCUGAAACCCUGGACCCAGACCUGCCAGUGGUAUGUGUAGGCGACUGGUUACCCACCAGUCUGUUUGGCUACCUGCAUGCCCUGUGUGCCUAUUUGAGAAUGAUCUAUGUGGCACUCUACCUGGUCUUCCUCAGCGGGUUGGAGUAUGAUGUCAUCUUCUGUGAUCAGGUGUCAGUGUGUAUACCAGUGCUGCGACUGUCUCGUCACAGGAAGAAAGUUCUGUUCUACUGUCACUUCCCAGACCAGCUGCUGACCCAGAGGACGUCUGCCUUGAAGAAGCUUUACAGAGCUCCCAUUGACUGGCUGGAGGAACGCACCACUGGCAUGGCUGAUAUGAUUCUGGUAAACAGCCAGUUUACCGCAGGCAUCUUCAGGGAAACCUUUCAAAGUCUAAGCAGAGUCCAGACCGAUGUCCUCUAUCCCUCCCUCAACACUCAUACCUUUGACCAGUCGGCCACUGAAACACAGGGCCUGGAAGGCCUGCUCCCUGAGGGAAUCUCCUGCCUGUUUCUGUCUCUGAACCGAUAUGAGAGAAAGAAGAAUUUGGGCCUGGCUCUGGAGGCUCUGGCAGUUCUAAGGUGCAGUCUUCCCCCAGGUCAAAGAGCAGGCAUUCACCUGGUGGUGGCUGGGGGCUACGACGAGCGCGUCACUGAGAAUGUUCAACACUACACUGAACUGAAAGACCUGGCAGAGCAGCUGCACUUGGAGGACUGUGUCACUUUUCUGCGUUCCCCCUCUGAUUCCCUGAAGGUGGCGCUGCUGCAGGGCAGCACCGCAGUGCUAUACACCCCCAGCAGAGAACAUUUCGGUAUAGUUCCUGUAGAGGCCAUGUACUGCUGUUGCCCUGUUAUCGCUGUGAACUCUGGGGGGCCCCUGGAGAGUGUGGCUGAUGGGAAGACUGGCUUUCUGUGCGAGCCCACAGCUGAGGCCUUCUCUAAGGCCAUGAGCAGGUUCGUCAAGGAGCCACACCUCCGCAGGGACAUGGGAGAAGCUGGGAGGAGGAGGGUACAAGAUAAGUUCUCUCUUCAGGCCUUCUCGGACCAGUUGUACGGGUACAUUGUCAGGCUGAGCCAAUGAAUGGGAGCAAUGGGAAAAAAGUAAACCAGUGGAAAUCUCAAACUGAUGUGAAACUUGAAGCUAGGCUCAGCAGAGAGUUGAAGUGUAUGUCUUCUAACAGAGGAUGUAUGUGUAUAUGUGUUGGGAGGUGGGGGUGUUAUUAUGAGGACUUCGAGGACAAUUAAUCAGCAUUCCCCUGGAGGAGUUGCUGAGAGGGUAGAAAAAGGGUGGAAUUUCUAUACCAAUUAAGAAAUGAGAAAUGAGUUUACCCAUCCUAUCUUUGGAAAAAUACCAUCCUUGCAAGUGUGUAUGUGAGUGUGUAAUUGUGCGAGUGUAGCAACGCGACAACAGCCUCAGAAAUGAGUCUACCAAAAGGAUUGAUUGUUAGAGUGAAAUGUUUUGUUUGUGUGUUUUCUUUUUCUACAGUACUCUUUGUUUUUGUGUGUUUUGGGGAUGAAGAACAAGAAUGUUGUUUUCACCACGUGCCAUCGGGCAGUGCACGGUGCACAGUCUGCGAUCGAUAAACAGGAUGCUUUCCGAUGCAUCCUGUCCGCCCAGAGCUUUGUUCCUCUUCUUGCUUUCAGAAAACACUGGCCUGUCCAUGACUCCUUCAGCUGCAGGGAGGUUAUUAUUAGAUGAUAGAGUGUGUCUGGCUUUAUUAGAGGUCUGGCUGAUGGGCAGUGUGUCUGUGUCUGGGUUAUUAUCAGCGAGGAGAAUACCGGAAGGUCAUUGUGUCUGUGCGUUGGCCUCCUAAGCCUUGCUACUGUAUAGAAAUGCUCUUAUUGACUUUCUUGAAGGCUUAAUAAACAAGAGGACACA